UUGAGAACUAUUACAACAUAUUUUUAUGGGAAUGAAUGGAGAUUGAGAUUGGAAUUGGAAGGAAAGUAAAAAACGUAUCUUUAAAGAUUCCAUAUCCAUACAAAACUCCAUGGCCAAAGCCUACUUAGGCACCACACCACACAUCAACCCAUUCGCCCACUCCACACUCUUCCACAAACGCUCGCGUCUCUCCUCGGCCGGAGCAAUGCCGCCGGACCAGAACCCACCUCGGCCGCACCCGUCGCUAGAAAUCGUCGACGGAACUCGUGGCUCGUUUCUACACGCGCUCAAGACUCUAGUCCGACCUUACACACCCUUCCCCUUCGUCGCCUGGAACCGCCACGUGGAAACCAUCUUUGCCGCCUUCUUCCGGUCCGUCCCCGACGUCAGGCUCCGCCGCGAGUGCCUCCGUACUAAGGAUGAUGGUUCUGUUGCCCUCGAUUGGGUCCCUGGCGAUGAUCGCAGAUUGUCGCCCGAGUCUCCUCUUCUCAUUCUUCUGCCUGGUUUGACUGGUGGUAGUGAUGAUUCUUACGUGAGACAUAUGCUACUUCGAGCCAAAAGCAAGGGAUGGCGUGUAGUUGUCUUCAAUAGCAGGGGUUGUGGGAAUAGCCCCGUUACCACUCCUCAGUUCUAUUCAGCUUCAUUUUUAGGAGACAUGCACGAAGUAGUAGCACAUGUUGGUGCUCGGUAUCCGAAAGCUAAUUUAUAUGCUGUUGGUUGGUCUCUUGGUGCAAACAUUCUUGUUCGCUACUUAGGUCAGGAAUCUCAUACCUGCCCCCUUUCUGGUGCUGUGUCAUUGUGCAAUCCUUUCAAUUUGGUCAUUGCAGAUGAGGAUUUUCACAAGGGAUUCAAUAAUGUUUAUGACAAAGCUCUUUCAAGUGCUCUUUGCAAAAUUUUCAAAAAGCAUGCUCUACUCUUCGAGGACAUUGGUGGUGAUUUUAAUAUUCCAAUGGCUGCCAAGGCAAAGACUGUCAGGGACUUUGAUGAAGGACUAACUCGUGUUUCAUUUGGCUUUAAGUCAGUAGAUGAUUACUACUUCAACUCCAGUAGUUCAGAUUCCAUUAAAGAUGUCUGCAGACCUUUGCUUUGCAUCCAGGCAGCAAAUGAUCCAAUUGCUCCAAGUAGGGGAAUUCCUCGUGAAGAUAUAAAGGCGAAUCCAAAUUGUUUAUUGAUAGUGACACCACAAGGCGGCCAUCUCGGAUGGGUUGCCGGUGGUGAAGCUCCCAUUGGAGCCCCUUGGACAGACACUGUAGUCAUUGAAUUCCUUGAGCAUCUGGAGAGAGAAGCAUCAUCUAAAGCUCUUUCAUCUUCUAGUAACACAGGCAUAGUGCACCACAUGGAGGUGUAAAUCAUCAGCAAGUGCCUCAUUCUCCAUAUUCAACAUACUGGUACGAUUCUUUUGUUUUUAACUGCUACCAUUACAGCCUAGCAGGAAAAUUGCACAUUAUAAAACAUGAAAAUCAAUCAAUUAUAUCUGGUGGUGAAGGUGUCCAUUUGUGUUGAUCAUGAUUAAAACUUUGUAUACAUUAUAUUGCUAUCAAAAAAUGAACAUGAUGUGAUGUGAUUCAGAAACUCUUGCAGUCUUUUUUUUGUACCCAUUUGGAUUGUCCUCUAUAUGUGAAGGAAUAUUCUUUUUCUUGA